AUGUCCCACAUGGGCCCUCGGGCCUUCAACCAUGACCAAAGUAACGACUCAGAAGCCGAAUAUGACCGUCUCCGCGACCUAGCCAGACAAGAAGCCUCCAAGCGCGGUUCAUGCUUUCAGCGGUCCCAAGAUGCCUACACCAGCGGCGACGGUGCCGCGGCCAAGGAGCUCUCAGAACAAGGCAAAGCGCACGGGCGCAAGAUGGAGGAAUACAACAAACAGGCGUCCGAGUUUAUUUUCCGUGAGAACAACGCGAAUGGUCGUGUCGCGGCGGAUACUAUUGAUCUGCACGGGCAGUUUGUUGAGGAGGCGGAGGAUAUCCUAGAAGAGAGGAUUAAGUACGCCAAGUCGCAUGGGCAGAACCAUCUUCAUGUCAUCGUCGGCAAAGGAAACCACUCCGCAAACCACGUCCAGAAAAUCAAGCCCCGUGUCGAAAAGGCCUGUCGCGAGAUGGGCCUGCAAUACGCCACCGAGGAAAACGCCGGUCGUAUCUACGUUAAUCUCACUGGUGGUGCCGCCGAUCUGGGCUCCGUCCCUUCGCCCUACGACCACCAGCACCAGCAGCAGUCCUCGCACCACCAGUACCCCAGCCAGCAGUAUCACCAGCAGCCGCACCAGCAACAGCAACAGCAGCAGCAUGGCGGACAGAACCAGCAACAGGACGGGGUCGAGCAGGUGGUCAACGCCAUCUUGCCGCGUGUGUUGCGCAAGCUGGAGAAGGCUUGCUGUGUGGUUAUGUAA